AUGGACCCAUCCCAUUGCCGCCACCGCCACCGCCACCGCCACCGGCGCCGGACCUGGUGCUGCUCCUUCGCCGUCCCUCCCUCCAGCCCCGACAACCUCACCGCCUCCAAACCUCUUCCCCCUCGCAAGCCCGAACCCAACUCCAAAUCCACAUUCUCGCUCCCGACCUCCCCCAAAUCCCGUAUCCCCUCUCGGAUCGACCCUCGCAGGAUACUCUCUCCGGGCAGAGUUUCCCCCAUCGACUCCGAUCCCGUCGCUGCCACCUCCGCUCCCUCCCCUUCGCCGGAGCUUCCGAGGCCGCAAUCUCCGGCGCCGGUGACCGGUGACAGGGACGUGCGGAUGAGCCUGAGAGGGAAGAACGGCGGGUGUAUGGUUCUGGAGGUGAACUCCGGGGUUCUGUGCGCGAAUUCCCAAGUGUUCGCGGGGUUGAUAGAGGAUUACAAGAAAGGUAUUGCGUCUUCGAGUGGGAGUAACAAAAUGUGUAGAAUAGAGGUUCCUGAGGUUGAGAACUUGGGCGUGUUCAGAGAGACAAUUGAGCUCAUGUUUGAGAAAGACGAUUGCCUCACCAAACGACUUCUCAACAUUGGCGUUUUUCGAUGCAUUGAUGUUUUGGAGGUUUCAGCAGGCAUCAUGUUCACCAAGGGUGUUUUAAUGUGUUUACAAUAUCUUGAAGCUGUGCCUUGGACUGAAGAAGAAGAAGAAAAGUUGAGAAGUCUAUUCACAAGGUUAAAGUUUGAUGAAGCAACAACAAGAGACAUCCUAGGAAGGCUUUACUUGCACGACUCAGUGGAUUCUUCUUCCCAGCCAAAUGUAGCUCGACAGCUUUUAUGGUCUAUCACCACUUGUGUGGACGCCAAUGCAAGAAAUGAACUAAAACCACUGGUGAAGGGUCUUCUUUGCAAAAGCUCCGUGUAUGAGAAAAAUCAACUCGACCUCAACAAAGAGGAUCUAUAUUCUGUUUGCCGCGCAUGUUUGGACUCACUGGAAAGCCUCUUCGAGGAGGCAUCGGAUACCAUCCCUCCUGAAAGCUUAACAAAGAAAGAUAAAAAUAAGCCACUAAUUGAACGCAUCUCAAGGCAGGUUGAUAACAUCAAUUGGCUGCUGGAAAUCAUGCUUGAUGGGCAAAUAGCAGAGGACUUUGUGAACAUAUGGGCAGAUCAGCACCAACUUGUUAAAAUGCAUGAUAGUGCAUCCCCAAUGAUUAGAUAUGAACUAAGUCGUGUGUCAGCAACUCUCUUUAUUGCCAUGGUUACUAGAAAAUUGCAAUGCCGGUUGGAGGCACGAUCAGGGCUUCUUCAGGCAUGGUUCCAGCCUAUGUUGAUGGACUUUGGUUGGCUUCAGAGAUGCAGAAGAGGGCUUGAUAUAAAGGUUUUGCAGGAGGCUAUGGGUCAGACACUUCUAACUCUACCUUUAAAUCAACAGUACAUACUCUUCAUGGAAUGGUUUCGACACUUCUCAAGUCAUGGCACUGAAUGUCCAAAUCUAAGCAAGGCAUUUCAAAUUUGGUGGCGCAGGUCAUUCUUAAGAGGCUCUGAAACUCAUGCCAUUGAGUCAAGGUAA